GCUGUGGAGUCAUCACAACACAGCAAGGGCAGACAGGAGAAAGGACGCCCUGCACAGCAUUCCAAUCACGUACACAGCUAGCUAGAAAAAGGGGGAGGGAGAAAGAGACAGAGAGAGGGAGCGAGCGAGAGACAGAGAGAGGUGGAGGGGGGGAUCAGCAGCACACAGCAGCGUUAAAGAGAUAGCACGGUUUACAGAAAGAAAAAGAAAGAAAAAAACCCUCUUGUAGUCUAGCACUGUACUGCACAGUGCAAUGCAUGAGAAGUCUUAGUGGGACAGGCUGGAAAGAUGGCUGCCUGAAUGCAUGAAAGAGAGAGGGGGUGAGAGAGAGAGGGAGAGAGAGGGGAGGGAGAGUGAGAAAGGAAGGAAAAAAGAGAGAUCUAGACUCUGAUGGGGAUAGUAAAGCCUGCCAUCAUAAAGAAGAAGGAAGUACGGAUUAAUAGGUGGGACUCCAGGGCAGUAAUACAGCACGGGGCAGAGUCCCAGCACUGGCUAAAGAGACAGGUUCAGGGGUCAGUUCAGUGGAUGGCCCCAGAACUGGCCAAAUGGAAGGGGGGCCAAUCGAGCAUGAGGAGGAAAGCAGGCUGAGACUGGGGGAGCGUCCCGGCCUGGGGAAGGGAGCCUGCGGGAAGGACGAGGAACAAGAAGAGGGAGAGGGGCAGCAGCAUGGGGAUGAAGGAGAGGGAGGAGAGGGACAGUUCCCCGAAACAGAUAGAGAACUGGAGGGAAACCGGAUGGGGGGCUGCUCUGAAAAAACAACAACACACAACGACGUGGAUAUGGAGGACGCUAGGACCCUGGUAGCCUUUUCCGCCUCCGCUGUGUCCAUGCCAACGCCUUUCAACAGAGAGACGGGCACACCGGGGCCUGAGUUACUGCAGACCACGGUGCUGUACGAGCAAUUCAACAUGGAGAUGGCCGGCGACAGCAGCAGCCUGUCCGAGGCUGGCAGGGGUAAGGGGAGCGUCGGGGGCUCUGACGGCCAGGGGGAAGAGGACUUGAGCGUGCUGCAGAACGCCCUGAGUCUGGCCAGACACGGGAAAAAGCCGCCCAACUGCAACUGUGACGGCCCGGAGUGCCCCGACUAUCUGGAGUGGCUGGAGAAGAAAAUCAAAAUGGCCAUUGGGACUGAGCAGAAGUGUGGGACUGUCGAUCAGUGUGAUCGAAUGCCUUUGAAACCCGUCAACGGCGCUUUCCCUACCCCCCACCGAGCCCCGAGCCCCGCCGCGGAAACAGAAGCAGAGGGACGGGAAGAUCGUGCCGGAACGCCUUCGACGGCGGCUCAUUUUACCCCCUACUCCCAAAACGCCAUUUCCAUCGCCAAGGAGAGGAACGUCAGCUUGCAAACGGCAAUCGCUAUCGAGGCCCUCACCCAGCUGUCCUCCAUUCUUCCCCAGCCCUUUGUACCAGCUGGGGAGUCGGCAACAGCCAACCCCUCGCUGUAUCACCCCAAUCCUUUCCUGAGUCACCACCUACCCCAACUUCAGCAACACGACAGCGCUAGCCACUCGGAACCUUCCCCGCCUUCUUUGCAAACCUCUUGUGGUGGCUCCAAUGACCAGGGAGCACUUGUGGGAGGCACAGACUCCUCUUCAUCCUUAUCAUCAUCUCUAGCAUCUCCCGUCAGCGUGUCACCCUUUGAUCCUCCUAAUCACUCACACUGGGAAAACCAACAGGCCUUGCAGAUGCAACUGGAGAGCAGUAGGAACAGCGGCAGUUUUAACAGUUUUCAAUCUUCUUCCCAGGUGUUCCCAAGCCAGAUCGUUCCUCCGACUUCCCAUUUCCAAAGGCAGCAGAGGCAGGACCAGCAGGACCAGCCCAUUUGGGAGCCCUUGCCCAAUUCCGGCAGUCAACAACCAGCCAACCAGCCUUCCCAGAACCCAUCCCCAGCCACAUUCUCCAGACCCGGACACAGCCCAAACCCUGCUCUGCCGGAAAGCCCCAACUUUACCAAGCCGGGCCAAGCGGCCAAUCCCUGGAGGAUGUUGAACCGCACUCAGAGCUCCCCAUCCCCGUUCAGUGACCCCAUGACGGAGCUCCACCAGUUGCUGGGAGACACUAACAACAAAUACAUGCCAUCUGUGUUUAAAAUCCCCGAAGUGUUGCAGCAGCAUCCACAGCAUCUCAAAGACAAAGGGUUGUUGGCUGCCUCCAAGAUUAAAAAUGAGGUUGUGGAUCCUGCUUUCUCCUCCAGUGGGAGGAAUUGCAGUCUGGUCAAUGGUCAAGCCAUGAACCAUUUUCCUCACCAGCACUCUGAGGCUAUGAGCCUGCACUACAAGACCCAGGCCGCACUGCAACAGCACUUGCAUCACAAGAGGAACCUCUUCCAGGAACACAGCCCCAACCCCUCCGCCUUGCCGUCCAACUUCCGGGACCUUCAGCAGAGCUGGUUUGCUCAUGGCGGGCAUCUCGUCAAGCAGGAGGUCAAAGAGAAAAAGACCAAGAAGGUCGGCUCGUCUCCGUCCCAAAAGCUCCCCUUGGGCGCGAACCAGCAGUCCCCUCUGCCCAAACCCAAACAGAUCGUCAUCAAGAAGACCAAGCAAAAAGCCUCCCUCCCAACCUUCCUCCCCCAAGCGCAGAUCAACCUGGAUCUGCUCCGUCAGAAAGCCCAGGAGGAAAGCCGGCAAGCCGCCUUGGCAUUGGCAGCUAUGGCAGGGGCAGAAAGCCGCUACCUGACCCCCGACCAGCUUUCGGUCAACAGAUUCCCAGGGCAGCCUGCGCAGCACCCACUGAACACCUGGCUUGCACCACCCAAUACUCAGGAACUGAUCGCUCACAGUGCUGCAACGUCAACUACUUCCCCAGCCUACCAGGCUGCUCCAGGACAAGCAGACUUCCCUGGGAGCGGCCCUAUUUCGACCCCCACUAACCUCACUCCUGUACCAGCCUCCACUUCCUCCACCCUGCCUCCCGCCUCCAUGGAUUUUGUGGAGAACGUCGGGAGUCAAGUUGGUUCAGGGUCGGAUGAACAAUACAAGGCUUCGGAUCCCAGGGUGAGCUCCUCAGGCCAGGAACCCGAUACAGGUCAGCCCGGCAAGAGAGGUCCCCUUGCCCCAGCUCUCCAGGGCAUUCACACACUUGAGGACAAGUUCGAGGACCUCAUCCGGCAGUUUGAGGCUGAGUUCGGAGGGGACAGCGAUCAGCAAGAGCAAAAGCAAGAGCAGCAGCAUGAAUCUAACUCAGGACAUCCCAAACUGGAACUGACCUCCUCAACUCCUCAGCCUUCUGCAAACGGUGCUCUCCAAAACUCUUCUGUAGCGCCACCAGGAGCUGGUCAGGACGUCGAACGUCGAACCCCCAACGUCAUUUCCGAUUUUGACCCGUUGUCAUCAUCUCAGUCUCAGGGAGUAUCGGAAGCCCCAUGUCUGCCCCUCCAGUCUGCCUCCCCCUCCCGGGACUCUGUCCUGCAGCAGCAGCAGCACCGGGUGCUGGAGAACCCUUUCACGCUGCCCUUCUCCUCUCCCUGCUCCCCGAAGAAGAUCAAGAUUGAGUCUUCUGGUGCUAUCACGGUUUUGUCCACCGCUGCUUGCUUCAGCAUGGACAACGGGCUGGGAGAAGGAGAGACCCCCUCCAAGGGUGAGCCCCCCUUCACCCCCUCGAUCAAUGGCUUCCUGGAGUCCCCCCUACGCUAUCUGGACACUCCCACAAAGAGCCUCCUGGACACCCCCAUCAAGGGGACGCAGGCAGAGUUCCCCAGCUGUGACUGUGUCGGACCCUUCACCACCCCCCUCAAAGAACAAAUCAUAGAGAAGGACGAGGGGCCAUACUACACCCACCUGGGGUCCGGGCCGACCAUCGCAUCCAUUCGAGAGCUCAUGGAAGACAGGUUUGGAGAGAAGGGGGAGGCUGUCCGCAUUGAGAAGGUGCUCUACACUGGCAAGGAGGGCAAGAGCUCACAGGGCUGCCCCAUCGCUAAGUGGGUGAUCCGCAGGGCGAGUGAGACAGAGAAGCUGCUGUGUCUGGUGCGGCACCGGACGGGGCAUCACUGUGCCAACUCCUUCAUCGUCAUCCUCAUCCUGGCCUGGGAGGGGGUCCCGCGGGGGCUGGCGGACGCACUGUACCGAGAGCUCUCCGACACCCUCACCAAGAUGGGCAACCCCACGAGCCGGCGCUGCGGACUGAACGAUGAUCGCACCUGUGCCUGCCAAGGGAAGGAUCCUGACUCCUGCGGAGCCUCCUUCUCGUUCGGCUGCUCCUGGAGCAUGUACUUCAAUGGCUGCAAGUACGCCCGCAGCAAGACUCCACGCAAGUUCAGACUGCACGGGGACCACCCCAAAGAGGAGGAGAAUCUGAGAGACAAUUUCCAGGAACUGGCGACGCAACUGGCCCCCCUGUACAAGCAGCUAGCCCCCCAGGCCUACACAAACCAGGUCUCGACCGAGCAGUCAGCCCCGGACUGUCGGCUGGGUUUGAAGGAGGGACGCCCGUUUUCCGGAGUGACGGCCUGCAUGGAUUUCUGCGCUCACGCUCACAAGGACCAGCACAACCUCUACAACGGCUGCACGGUGGUGUGCACUCUCACGAAGGAAGACAACCGCUUCGUGGGUAAGAUUGCGGAGGAUGAGCAGCUCCACGUUCUGCCGCUCUACAAGGUCUCCCUCACGGACGAGUUCGGCAGCGAGGAGGGGCAGCAGCGCAAGAUGACGUCCGGAGCCAUCCAGGUCCUCUCCAACUUCCGGCGCGAGGUGCGCAAGCUCCCGGAGCCCGCCAAGUCGUGCCGGCAACGCAGGCUGGACGCCAAGAAAACCGCAUCGGAGAAGAAGAAGAACCAGAAGGAGAAGCAGGCGCUGGAGAUCCCCGAGAAGAUCAUCAAGAGUGAGGUCAAUGAGACGGGCAGGACGCAGAACCAGCAGCUCAACAAAGGCAUCCCCAAACAGGAGGUGAAACCCACCAUCAAAAUGGAGCACAAAGAUCGGUUUGAGGGCUUCAAUGGGAACUGCAACCCUGCCCUGGAUGGCUUCUCCGUCCUGGGAGGCUGCAGACCAGUGGACGCCUACUCCAUGAACAGCGGCUACCCCUCCUACCCUUCGUACUAUGCAAGGUCCAGCCUGCCUCCCUCAGCGCUUCCACCUCCAGGCCCUGCAGUGAUCAACGGCUUUCACCCCAAGUUCCCGCAGCCCUAUGGAUAUUACAACUACCCGCCGAACCACAUCUUCCCAUCUCAGUUCCUGGGCUAUGAGGGCAGGAUCGGGGCUUGCUGGCCCGCAGCUUGUGCAGGCGGCUACGAAAAAAAGCCGGACGUCCGCACCCUGCAGGCCAGCCUGAACCACGCCUAUCCCGAGUUCUCGGAGCCAGCUUACCCUCCCUCUGUGCGGUGUUCUCCCGAGUUCUCCGCUCCUCACCGGACUAGUCAGAUCCCAGGAGACACCAGGAGCGUUCCAGGCCCCCUGACGAGGGCCAUCAAGCAGGAGCCGGUGGAUCACACGCCGUAUCCCGACUGUGACGGCAUUCCCAGCCUUCCCAGCGCGGACGUGGGCGGAAUUCCAGGGUCCAGUCCGGCCCCGCAACACGAGCAGUGGCCGGGAUACAAAGUGAACGGGAAUCUGGCCAUGGAGAGGUCGUGGAAUAACAGCAGCGCUAAGUUCCAGGAGAGCACAAGGUUGUGGGAUUCCUCCUCUCUUAUACGAGCCAGCCCCAGGCUAGCGGAGGCGCAGAUGGGUGUGGAGAAACAGCAGCAGCAACAGUGGAACAAAAUGACCCACCGCAGCCUUGCCUCCCCUUCCCAGUCCCCCUCUCCAUCUCCCUCCCCCCACCACACGAACCCUGCAGGGGGGAAUCCUUACGGCUUCAAACCCAACGAGAACUCCAGCACCCCCUCCCCCAGCCUGCAAGGGAAACCUUGGAGCCAAGUGGGGUACAGUCACGGCAACAGUGACCCAGGGAACGGUGUCGGUAGCCAAAAGAGGCCGGCCUCCGGUGGCUACCCUGACAAGAUGUGGGAGAACCGGAGUCCGACUCCGGUGGGUCUCCAUGAGAAGGCCUGGAAGUCUUAUGGGGGCUCGGCCGCUGCUGGAGCUGCUCCCAAUUCAGGACACAGUUUAGCCACCACCCCAAUCCCCACUCCAGAGGGCAAGCUGUAUCCCAACCCCUUCCAGGCAAGCGGGGAAGAAGCCUCAGCCAGCAAGAUGUUCUGGGACCCGUACGAGAAAGAGGAGAGAGUGAAGGAGGAGGAGGAGGAGGAGGAGGAGGAGAGGAGGAGGGAGCCCGAAGAGGAGUGGUCCGACAGCGAGCACAACUUCCUGGACCCCAACAUCGGGGGCGUGGCGGUGGCCCCUGCACACGGCUCUGUCCUGAUCGAGUGCGCCCGGCGGGAGCUCCACGCCACCACCCCUCUCAAGAAGCCAGACCGCAGCCACCCAGCCCGCAUCUCCCUGGUCUUCUACCAGCACAAGAACCUCAAUCAGCCCUGCCACGGGACGGCCCUGUGGGAGGCCAAGAUGAAGGUGCUGGCAGAGCGUGCCAGGCAGAGGCAGGAGGAGGCAGCCCGGCUCGGGAUCCCCCAGGAGGACAUCAAGGCCUACGUGAAGAAGCGGAAGUGGGGAACUAGCAACGCCGCCAGCCCGGCCCCCGAAGCACUGGCAAGAGACAAGAAGGAUUUCCCACCUACGCGGCGCGGGACAAGCCUCAACACCAACUCUCAGAUCACGGUCUCCUCAUAUGCUUACACACAGGUCACGGGACCCUACAGCCGCUGGAUCUGAGAUUCCGCGCGGUGGACCUUAGCAUCGUUCUUUUUUGUGUGUGUGUGUGUGUGUGUUUUUUUUUUUACCUCAAAUUCAACAGCAGCUCCUUCUUGCGGGUCGCUCUAGCUGUUCCUGGUGCUUGCCUCUUCUCAGACAGAGGGGGAUUUAUACUUGUGUUGUUAUUUGUUCUUUUUUGUUUGGGAGCGAGAUUUUUGAUCCUCCUCUCUCUCAUCCUCAGACAACCGAGUGGUUUUUGGGGGGGGGCUGGAUACAGUGGAGUUUACAGGAAUUUUUAAUUUAUUUUUUAAAAGGGUGCGGAUUAUAAUAACGACAACAACCAAACAACGGACAACGUUUCCUGGAGUCAGUCUAUUUCUCUCUCUCUCUCUCUCUCUCUCUCUCUCUCUCUCUCUCUCUCUCUCUCUCACUCUCUCUCCGAGUUUUUAAAAACUUGCACAUAACCGGAAGAAGUAAACAUAGUAGUAAUACGCUUCUCCCACGAAAAGUUUUUAAAGUCGAUUUUCAUUUUUACUAUUUAUUGUAAUUUGUGUUCCUUUUAUUUUAUUUAAAAACAACAACAACAACAUUUAAAUUUAAGAGAGAAAGAAAGUAGAUUUGAAAACCCUGCUUCUUUCUCCAAACUCGAAGAGGAACAGGUUACAUCAUUUUCACAAAACAUGCAGGAAAUUUUGAAUCACCUGGGCGCCUUUUUCUACAACUACAAGCUCCACAAUUCCAGCACAUCUUAAUGUGAGUCCCACUGUCUUCAGGAAGCAGAUUAGCUGUGCAAAACUGGACAUCUACACUGAAACCUCUUUACAUUGUGAUCACUCACUGUGUUUAAGUAUGGUCUCACAAGUGGCAAAGCACAGAGUUUGUCAUGCAAAGUCCUUACACAUGUUGUACAAGUUACUGUGACAUAGCACAUCAUGUUGUACCUAAUGCAUCUGCUAAAAAUAUGCUGAUAUCGGUCUCUCUGGGUGAUUCAUAACCACCAGUGCCAUAAGAAAAUGUGUUAUUAUAAUUAUGAUUAAUAGUUAUCGUUAUAGGUUCAACCCUAGACAGCAGACAGCAGACAGAAACACGUACAGUGUUGAUUGAUGGGGGGGAUUCAGAAAGUCCUGGGAACACGAAGCUACCUUUUCAGGACCAGUGGCUUGAAACCUGCUUCCAGGAGACGAGGAGAACUAGUUUGAGGCAUCUUUGCUGUGUCACUCAAGCUUGGCUGAAAUGGUGCCACAAGUCUCCUCUGGUGUGCCAUGCAUUGUCCAUGAAACCUAGUUCCAAGCCACAAAGUGAAUUUGUAUUCCCAGAGAUUUAAGCACACGAAGCCUAUUUGUGGCUUGGAACUUGGUUUCUGGAAACUCGGUUUCAGUCCACUGCACAGCACACCAGUGGAGUCUUGGGGUUUGAUACGGCCACCUCAAAAUAGGGCUCCUAGAACCGGAUUUCAAGCCACUGUUCCUGAAGUGCUUGGUCCAUGAAAAACAUCGAGACAGACCAUACCCAUCCACAGCAGUCCUGUGCAAAUUACCAGUUACCGUGCCAACGCUGGCGCUUAAUUCGCGUUCUGCAGUAGUUUGUUCACAUGCUCGGUUGGUUAUGAGUCACCCUGUAUGUGUGCUUUGACUACACUUGAAUUCUCACAGGUUUGUGUUUACAUAUGCAUAGGGAUUGAGGGUAACCCCAGAGGGACUGUCCAGCACAUUUUUUUUUAUUUGUAUGGCUCUUACGCACGUGCAGAAAUACUACGUUCCUGGUGCUCUUAUAUGACAUAGCGGGACAUUUUGUGCUUGCUGUAGACCGUUCUCUACUCGAAACUGCCAAGGACAAGCGACAAACAAUCCAGGUUGGAAUGGCUAACUGUGUCACCGUGGUGCGAGCUGGCAUGGUGCUGGGUACAGACACGACACUGCAGUGUUGGUUUGUACUCCAAGAUACCCCGAGAUCUCUUGGGUUAUAUGGCAACGUAGCGUCGCUGGUGAUAGGGUCAGUCAUCAAAAAGGUCUCCCCCAUUUCUGUAAUUUGAGGCACAAGGAUACCCCUGAAAACUUUUAAAAUGUUUUGUUUGUUUUUUUUUGUUUUUUUUAAGUAUUUCUGAUAAAGAUAAAAAUUAUAAUCCGAUUCUGAGUUAAUUAUGUAUAUUUUGUCGCGCAAGACAAGUUCCCCUUGAUUUUUUUAAAGGAUUUUAAAGGAUUUAUGACUCCUUAUUUUUAUUGGAUUGGUAGUUUUUUUUUUUUUAUGAUUGAAUUUUUAUUGGAUUGGUAGUUUAUUAAGACAUGAGAAAAAUUAGAUGAUCAGAGAAUUUUUUUUAAUGUACAAAUUUGACAAAAUUCCAACCUGCUUAUUGCUUGUCUUGAUAGAAUUAUACAUAAAGGGUUUUAAAAUGUCAUACUUUAGACAACUAAGUCCUAUAAAGGAAAUAUCAAAGAUCUUUGGAUCUCAUAAUUACAGAAAUGCUAUUCUGCAUUAAGUGUUUAGAACAACAAAAAAAAAUAUUUAAGAUAAAACAUUGUUUUUAAUACAUUUUAGAUACAACUGUGUUUAAGAUCAGAAACGAAAAAUGUUACACAUUUUUGACAUAAUCCAAGUGUCUGUUAAAUUAGAUGCGCGCGGCAGUCAAGUAGAGAACGACAGCGCGCACAGCAAAUGCAAAACCGCAACUCAUGUUAACGCAGGCAAGAUCUACAUACUGGUGCUAUUCACGUUUACUAUAAUGAUUGACUACGGUGCUCCCUUACAGCCCUCAGUCCUUGAACGCUGAAGAAGAUCCUGGAGCGCACGGGUAUACCCGAGCUCUGUGGCGUGUUUCCAAUGCAGAUUGCAUACCGGACUCACCAGCGUAUAAGCUGAACACACGAAUCAAACCAGGGUUAAACCUAGACUCCUGUUUUAUUAAUGAUCUGAUCAUCUGACUUGUAAUCAGUGCACUUCACAAAGGUUGAAUACAUUUGUUUCCUGAGAUGUAAUCCAGUGUAUCUGGGAUUGCACUUUGACUGCGAUGUUAACACCGGGGUUAUUAAUACAGUUUUUAGCACUUACAGAUUACAGGUUAUUACACCCCUGUCAGGGCAAACUGAGUUCUUAAUUUGCAGAUUUAAAAAAAAAGGAAAAACCCGCUUUGAAACUUGACAUCAUGGACUCUGGCGAUAACCCUGGUUUAACAAAACAACAUUGUAAUUUGAACUGUGAAAACUGAAUAAUGAAAAAAGGCCAAGAGAUUAUUAUUCUAAUUGUAUUUUUUUGUUUUUGUUUUUGUUAUGGAAAGAUAUAUAGAUCUCAGAUUCAUUUAGCCUUUUUUUUUAGCUGAAGGGGAAAUUGCAGUGAAGGCUGCUUCGUUUAUUAGAAUAUAUAUUGUUGGUUGCUUUUAAGAAAGCUUUUUCACUGUAUACAUUUUUAUAAAAUGCGAAGUAACGUUUGAUACAAGCAAAAUGUGUUAAUGUACAAUUUCCUUUUCAGCUAAAAGGAAACUGAAUUGAGACCUAUGACCAAAUUACUUUUUCUCAAUUCCAAUUUUUAAUUAACACACCAUUCAUUUGGUUUAAACAGGGGAAUGAAAAAGGGGGGGGGGGGGGGGGGGGGGGGUCAUUUUUCAGACAAUUCCAUGAUUCCUACAAUAAGGAUCCAGAAAAAAAAGAAUAAUGAAUAUUAUUAUUGUUGUUAUUAUUAAAAUAUUUUAGUUUUUUUUUAAUGAAUUACAGAAUUCAACUUGUAUGCCAGGGUGUGUUAUAGACGACCUGUAUACGGUAGUGCAGCUGGGCAGCGGUCUUUGCAUUUUACAAUACUGUGAAAUGUGCAAAGGCGUUCUCAUUAAUGAUUUAAGACAGCUUUGCAACUUCCAUCUGUUGUGCCUGAACUGAGAAACGAUUUCCGAUGUAGGGCUCCAAAUAUCUCACCCUCUUCGAGAGACGUAGACACGGUCACAAUCUGCAUUUGUAUUUCAUUCAGAAGCUCAGCCUGCGUUUUAUUUCUGAGCUGCGCUCAUUUACUUGGCAGCAAACAGAAUUGGUGCUCAAUUCAAACUCUCCAGCAUUCACGUGCAUUUCCAAUGGUGCAAAACUUCAGACAAACUCGGAACAGAACCUACUCACUAAGUGUUGCGUGUCUUUUUACAAACAGACGUCGUUUUUCUGCAUUUGAUCCCUCGAGAAACAGAGUCUGAAGGUUAACUAGCUUCAGAUAUCAUUUCUGUAGCUUUUUUUUUUUUUUUUUUUUUUUUUUAAGAUUGCGAUUUCACUGUUUUGUGACGUUGGCUAUCAUGCUGUCAUUGUGUGUGGCAGCACACUGUGGUUCUGCAAUGUUGAGUUGCCGUUGUUCUCUGCCUUUACCUGUAUCUUGAACUUGCUUUUAGCUUAUCUAGAGAAUCCUAACUGCCUGCACUAAACAGCCUGCCUCAUUCCAUUCAAACUGUGUGAUACAUAUACUAGGUGAUGCAUAUACUAGGUGGGACUGGCAGUUGAAAGGUCAUAUUCUCACUUGAUUUGAAUAAAAUGAGACAGGCUGUUCAAUCCCAGCACUUAGGAUUCUGCAGACAAGCUCAAAACAGCUCAAGACCAGGUAAAGGCAGAUUUAAAAUAACAACUCAAUAUAUUGGAGCAGCAGAGGCCAGAACCGCUGAGAAUAAUUAGAAACACCUUGAACUAAUAAAAAGGAAGCUGAGAUGAGUUUUGAAGCUACUCAGUCUUUCGUAACUGGGUCCCAGUGUGUUUGGAAUACACACAAUGUAUGUUUUGAUUUAGGGAGGGGCUGUGUGGUUGGUGAUCUCUUUAACCCAGAGCAGUGUCUCUGUUCUUGGGAAGCAUGGUGUUUUAUUUCCAGGUGUGUGAAUGAGACAGGUGUUUCUGUGUACUGUAGAUCUGUCUGCUAAGGAUAGCAUGGUGCUCUCCUGUGCUUUAACGGCGCACAACUGAGAAUCAAUCCAGUUUACUGUAACCUUUGCGUUUUAUUUUCUUAUGUUACAAACACGCGUUUUGGGUUUUUUUUUUUAAAUCAACCAUGCCCGGAAAACGCAAAUAUUAUUAGAAUUAUUUUAUAAUUUCUUUUUCUUUUUUUUUAAAAUUGUAAAUACUGAAAAAAGCAGAAUUUUUAUAAAAGCACUUUUAAACUUG